CAUGAGUUGGUGAGAGAGCACAUGGUCGAUUUUUACAGCGGACUAUAUCGGACUCGACUAUCGUAGUGUGUUCAGUGUGAUUGGGAUAUUUGAGUUGGAAGAACGAAUUUGUAUGUUUGUGGAUUUAACUUUUCAAACGCUACGGAUAGUUAGAAGUCUAUUUGGAUUAUUUUUUUACUUACUGGAAGUAUUUCAAGAUGUUGUUGGAUAUUUCGAGAAGAAAAGAUUUUAUAAAGAUGUAGUCUCUAAGUUAAUGGACUAAACCAUUGGAAUGCUACAGGAGUUAUAAACCAUGGCGGCUAUCGACGUUGCCUUAUGCUUGGUCGUCAUUCUACACGUAGUAGUGACUCCUGGAUUCACAAAGACAAAGAUACCAGAGAAUAGUAGGCCAAAGUUAACGAACAUCAAAUCGACAGUGUAUGAAGUCCCAGAGGGCGAGAAGCUCAAGUUGAAGUGUCAUGCCCGAGGACACCCGCGGCCAUUCCUGACCUGGUAUCAUAAUGGUGAACUCAUAGCUCAAAAUCAUGAUAAAGACAGAUUCAAAAUUUCUCGGUAUAGUUUACAAAUCCAUCCUGUAAGACGAAAUGACACUGGAAAAUAUGCCUGUCACGGUGAAAACCCGCUUGGUGAGGUGUGGGGAAACUUUACAGUGAAUGUUGGGGAUGAGUUAGAAGAGGGUGAAGAAUGGGAACAAGAAGAUUUAACAGAUGAUGUGGACCCAAACGUACCAAUGCCGCCGAGGUGGUCUAUAAAGAAAGACAAUCGAUACCGUGUGAUGGUGCCAGCUGGAAACGGUGUGACUAUAAAAUGUCCGGCAGUUGGUAAUCCGCCGCCUACCGUCAAAUGGAUGAAGAAUGGAAAACCAUUUAAGCGACGGAAAUACAAGAAGCCAGUUUUUAGAGCGCAUUCGUUGAAGAUGCAUGAAGCGACGGAAAGUGAUAAUGGAAAUUAUACGUGUAUCGCAAAGAAUGAACACGGAGAGAUUAGAUGGACGUUUGAGGUACUGAUCGCAGAGCGAGUGCGCCACAAGCCAAUACUCCAUGAUGGUCAGCCUGAAAACACCACGGCUCGGUUGGGCGGCAAUGCAACAUUUGAAUGUCGCAUUGCCGUCACGGACGCUCAGGCGACUAUUCAGUGGCUAAAACAUUUCGAAGUCAAUGGCUCAUAUAUCGACAAGGAAAAUCAACAAGCGUAUUAUGAUGUGAUACAGGCAAGUUUACCCUACGGUAAACCUACCGAUGGCAUCGACCCUGGCAAGUUGGUCCUGACCAAUUUAACCUAUGAAGAUUCCGGCUGGUAUACGUGUUUAGUCGGGAACUACUUCGGUAUCACUCAUCGUAGUGCGUGGCUUGACGUUGUCCCAGAACAUCUAUACUACGCCAGCAACAGCAGCGUUGUGAGUCUCUCCGAACAGAAACAGCGGGAGGACAAGAACAUGACGAAUACGUACAUCAUCAUUGGCUGCUGCAGUGGUGGCGCUGCUGCGUUCAUUCUCGUCAUAUUCCUGAUUGUGGUUUUGAUGAAACGACGGAGCAGUCAUUAUCCUAACGUACAACCCAUCAAGAAACGUGUUGUCGUCAUGAGACAGAGUGACUUAUAUCCAAAUUGUUUUAAGGACUCCAACACGUCACACAACUCGCUAACACCCCUGGUACCCCAGGUGCGCAUUCAUGGACCACGCAAUCGGUUAUCAUCCGAGUUGACGGCAAAUUCUGAGUAUGAAAUCCCGCUGGAUCCGGAGUGGGAGUUCAACAGAACAUGGUUAAGUCUUGGCAAACCACUCGGUGAGGGUGCAUUCGGUCAAGUUGUGCGCGGCGAGGCUCAAGACAUCAGUGGCAAAAACGGGCGCACGACGGUGGCGGUGAAAAUGUUGAAGGACGAUGCAACUGAUCGGGAAUUGGCUGACUUGGUGCAGGAGAUGGAAGUGAUGAAGAUUAUUGGCAGACACAUCAAUAUCAUUAACCUGCUUGGGAGCUGUACGCAAGAAGGUCCAUUGUACGUGGUUGUUGAAUUCGCACCCUACGGAAACAUGCGCGACUUCUUACGAGAACGUCGGCCGUCUGGCUCUGGCUAUGAAGUACCAAUAACCCUCGAGCAAAACCACAAGUUGCAGGACAUAAAUGAUGAAAAACGGUGUCUGACGUACAAAGAUCUUGUCAACUACGCGUAUCAAGUAGCGAGAGGAAUGGAGUAUCUUGCUUCAAAACAAUGUAUUCACAGAGAUCUUGCCGCUCGUAACGUCCUCGUCGCAGAAAACUAUAUUUUGAAGAUUGCCGACUUCGGUUUGACGCGGAAUAUCCGAAAUAUUGACUACUAUAAGAAAACAACCGACGGUCGGUUACCGGUCAAGUGGAUGGCACCUGAAGCGUUGUUUGACCGAAAAUACACGACCAAGAGUGACGUCUGGUCAUACGGCGUGCUCCUGUGGGAAAUCUUCACCCUUGGCGGGAAUCCUUAUCCAUCUGUACCGGUUGAGAAGUUGUUUGAGUUAUUACGAGACGGUCAUCGAAUGGAGCGGCCUCCGUAUGCCUCAUUGGAAAUGUACAAUAUCAUGUUGAAUUGUUGGCACCAGCAUCCGGCCGGGCGGCCGUCAUUCUCUGAACUCGUCCAGUGCCUGGACGCCAUCUUGACGCAGUUCUUAAGCGAAGAACACGAGGAAUAUCUUGACCUUGAACCUCUAGAGAGUCCAACAAGCACAACAUCAGACAGCCAAUACUCAUCCAUGUCUGUCAGCAGUUCGACCAGCGGCAACAGUAAAGAGUCGACAGUGUGAUACACGGAAAGGGGGCGCCAGCAUGCGCAAGUGCGAGACAUUGUUUAGCCCUUGGACGUUUAAGUGCGUUGAAUGUUGAAAAGUGCUCAGUUUGUUUUGAAAGUGGCGCAGACGUCGUCUGUUUUUAUUUGAUGGUAGCAUUAACAAUUGCAGCAAGAAUGUGUCUAAAAGAGAUGUGGCCAAAGAUGUGAUACGAUGUGGCUGAUUAUCAGACAUAGACAGAAAAAGGCCAAAGAACAUUGAUAUGUUUUGGAAGUUGAGUACACGCUCUGAUAAAGACUUAGCCUAACUUGAUGUUAUGAUUCUGACUGAGCCUUUUCUUUAGCUCAAGAUAUGUGGGUGAUUCACUUGGCCAGUUGAGAGAGACUUCGUAAGGAAGAGAUGUCGACAGUGAAUCAAAGAGGGCGUUGCACGUCAAAUCCAAAUUAAUUGCUGCUGAUGAUGAAAUCCUAAUUUUGCGAGAUUCAAUGCUCCCACGAGUUGUUGAGGAAUUGGAUCGGAGGUAGUGCUAAUCGAGGACCAAUGAGAGCUGUUCACCGUGUCGGGACUAGCCAAUCGGAUUACAUUAUGUCGUUGUGAUAUGAUAAUUAGUGAUUCGAUGGAUCUAAGUGAUAGGCAGCAACAUUGCAUUUCUUUUUACUUUUUGACGAAGUCUUCUUGGCCAGAUUCGAUGUUGUUGAUGUUGAUUUGUUAACUGCUAAAGACUAAGUUUGUUUUCAUGUAAACAAUAGAGGGCACUGAAACUAACCACAACAGAAGAACGCCGCAUUAUUGGACUCCUUCAAGCGGAAAUCGAAAAGAUUGGCAAUUGACGUUCUUGGAAUUCAAAUAAAGUAUCAUGGUUCAGAAAUUCCUCGGUUUGAUGAACAGGACCAAUUUGUAAAUAUGUGCGCGACAUGAAUUGGGCUCUUUCAGCUGAAGCUCAUGAACUAUCAUGGCAAUUUAUAUUGUUUUAUUCGCAUCAGCGGGAGUUUGGUAAUACUCAACCAUAUUAUGGUGCUCUGUAGUGCAUUUAAAGACUGACAUGGCCGCUGUUACCAUAGCAGCAGACUCUACACUGACUCUGAUUGGACCAUUUGAAUCAUGAAAUAGCUUUGAUUGGACCAUUUGAAUAAUAAAUGAUUCUGAUUGGUUGGUUCUAAUUCAGAAAUAAUCCUGAUUGGACAAGAUGUUUUGUUGACGUCUGCUUUUAUUCAACCUCUAUCUUUAAAUCUGGAUGAAAUGAAAGUUGAAACAGAUUUAGGUGAAGUUAUAUCAGAUUUGGUGCCUUUAUAAAUAGGGAUUCUACCGUUAUUUAACGGCUAUUUGAUAGUGCAUUUAGUUGUUAUUUUGAGAGGAGAUCUUCUCGUUUGUGACGUUAUUGUGAAGCUAACACCAUAUACACUGCAGCAGUACUAAUCAGGCUCAAAAGCCCAAAUGCUCAUAAUCUGUUUUUGACUGAUAUAAACAAACUCAUUCUUCAAGGAAUUGUGUCGACCAAAAGUCAUUAUAAUCGGUUAUUGGUCCAAAUGAAAUUGGGGAUUUUGUUUUGUACCUUGAGUUCAGUGAUAUGAAUGUAUUAAGCCAGAAAGCAUUGAUUGCAAAUGAAUUGCAAACUGAUUGCAUAAUAUUUACCGGUAGAUCAAGAAAACAAUUGACUGUUUUGAUAUUGAUCUUUCAUUCCUUGAAGAAUUGGGGUUGGUCUCUUGUCGCUUAUAUGCUGGAUGUUAGAAUAUCAAAUCAAAAUGUUGUCAUCUAUAACUCUCCAUUUCAUCUUAUCCGGAACAAAACACCCAGUCACCCAGUAACAGAGGACGAGGUGAUACGUACAGCUUGUACGGUUUUCUUGGCUUGAGUUGGGUGACAUAUUGACCCAGUAAUGUUAUGCUUACAUCUACUGUACAGUACAUACAGUUGAGAACACAGGUUCUGAAAUCGCAAACUUCUGGUACCAGUAGAAAUUAUGUCCGGAAUGCUUUGUACCAAUGAUGGAAGAUUCGUGUCAUUUUCAAAUCUGCUAAAAAUCCAUUCGAUAGUCACUGAAUGUGUCUGUCAAUCAUUCUACUCAGAAAAGUAAGUUCAACCAAGCUGAACCAAAGUGACUGUACAUAAUGUAUAUGAAAUGCAGUGUUGUUUUGAUUCCAUGUAAGAUGAAGUAAAAUAUACUGUGUGUGCAAUGUCCAGUUCUUUACCGAGAAUAUAAUUGUGUAUUUAGACGUGAUGUCUUGUCAAUGUAAGAUCAUAUACACCAAUCACUGUGGAAACAUGUACUAUCAACAACAUAUUUGAAUAUAUUCCUCGUAAUAUUUAUGUCAAACUUGUAUAAGAUCAUUUUCUCAUUCAUGAAUUCAGUUCAUGGAAAAUUGAUGAUAACCGCUAAUGAAAUAGGACUUUUUGAUUGAGAAACGUGUUGAAGUAGAUGUAUUUUCUGACUAGGUUGACUUCAAAAUGAAUUGAAUAGUUGACUACUAAAUUGUAACUGGUAUAAUACAACAUGGCUAGAAUCAAACAUUUGAUUUGAAAACAUCAGUUUAAAUGAUUUCUGUUCAUUGCUGAAAUAAUUUGAAAAGCUAUUAUCAUCGACUUUUCAUAACAUCACUACAUUAUACCACAACAAAUAAGGAGAUACAUACACCAUGUCUCAAUUUUGUAAAAUUUGAUAUUUUGUAUGUGACGGUUAGAACACUACCGGACUGGUAGCACCUUGAUUGGAAAUGUCUGUUCCACAGACACAGUUGGAUUAAUACUGAGACGCAAUUACAAAUCUUGCAAAUUUAUGAAAUAUUGAAAGAAUUGUUUGUGAAUUUGACAAACCAUUUGGCAGCCUUUACAUGUGUUCUGCCAAAUUAUCAUUGUAGAUGUGAAUACUCAAUCCUGGGCAUGGAUCUAUUCAGAGCCCUGUUAUCUUGUACUUGUAUUAUAUAUGGUGAAUAUUUGUACGAAAACAUCUGAAAACUGUCUGCCUCACAGUAUCGGAGAAAAUAUCUUUGUUUUCUGAUAAUUGCCAGUGCUCGAAAUUUGAAACACACCAGAAGAGAAGUGAAAAUGGAUUUGUAAUUAUAACAUUUGAUUUGCAAUGGGUGCUAGUUCGUCAUUCGGUACAGAAUUAUUUUUAUUGCGAUGUUGUGAAAACAUUUUGAUUUAAAACGAAGUUCAAUUCGGCAUCUGUUGUUUCAAUUGGAGCAAAUUGUCUCCAGCCGGGAUGUUAUGAAAAUGUGUCAAAAGCUAACUAGUUUUGGGCAGAUACUGUGUUGGCAUGUUUAAGCCAGUUGCGGGGUGCCUGUACACAUGGCUUGUUGUACAUAUAAUAGGCCUAUGUGUUACCACAGAUGUGCUAAACUGGCUUAAAUAUGUCGACACAGUAUCUGUGAAAAAAGACACAAGACAGUUUUAGUUACUUUGAAAACAAGAAGUAUGUGCAUCAAAGUUGAAUGUAGAUUCAUAGCUUUUAUUGACGCCUCCCUUUUUAAAGAAUUUUAAGAUCCGAGGUAUUUUUGUGAUUUCUUAUAACAGAUGUUGAAUUUUACUGCUUUGAAAUGUUUUGUUUUAACUCGGGGAUUUAAUUUUCUUUCAGUUUGUUAUGAAAUAAGAAAUGGGUUUUACAUUUCUUUGCCUUAUGAGCAGAAAUGUAGACUUGAAGGAAAAUGCCAGUAUUUGUACAGGUUUUGUUCAAGUGAGAUGGUCUGUACGGGACUGUGGGACUUCGCCAAGAAUUUGAAACAAGACUGUUUACAAAAUGAUGGCACGUGUAUCGUCGUAGCAGGUGUAAAUGUGCCACUUGCGAUAAAUGCAUCAUAAACUUGUUCACCAUUUCGAAUAGUUAGCACAGGGUUUGCCUCACUGCUCGAUCCAGUCACAUUUGAUGUAUGCAAGUUAUUACUGGGUACGGUACUUGGAUGAUUCAUGCAUCUUGGGUGAAAGUGAAUCUACUGCCUUUUGUGUUCAAGAUGUAUAUAUUUACUGCCUUAACUGAUCAGACACUGCCUUUCUUUAUAUCAUAUCUAUCUCUCAAGUCAAUGGAUGCGCGCCUGCUGUAUUCUACAGGGUGUCCCAGUAUGUUUUCUGCUGUCAUUUCUGCAGAAUCCCCUUGAGUCACCUGUGCGUAUUGUAAGCAGUUGUGACCUUCAGAUGUUAUGUUAGUAGGUUUUGAGAAGAGGUGUAUGAAAAGUUUUUGGGACACCCUGUCUGCAGUUUGAUGUAUCUUGGUCAAAUGGACUAUUACAUUGACUCGUGAUGCAUUUAUGAGCUCAUCUGAAUUGAACUGUACUAACUGUAGAUCUGUAUAACUAUGCUGAGGUUUGGGGAAGGGGCUCUGCCAAAACAAGAUGAAAUAUUGCAACAUUUUCUUGUGCGUUUAGUGCCAGAAUCAAUGCUAAAUGCAUUGCAUCUUUGGAACUGGCACCAGUAGAGUUGUAGCGAUGGGUGCAUCUUACAUGAAAUUCUUCUUGCCAAUAACAGGUUCUAACAAACCAAUAUUUCGAAUAUUCUUUUGAUAUCCAGUAUUAUUUUUUGCUCUGGCUGUGUUGGCCCGACGUUGGGAAAUGGUUGCACUGCUAAAUUAUGGCUUAUUUACUUAAAAUUGUCAAAACCAAAGAUUAUUCCAUUCUCUUUUGGAGGUGAAUGGAUGACACUGGGUCACUACGCACAAGCAUAAUAAUAGGAACCUAGAAAUACUUCAGACAUUUUCCUUUCUAAAUCUAUGAUCAAAACCCGUCAGAAAUCCCGAAAUAACCAAUUACGAAUCUCUUUGACAUGUUUUGAACAGUUUCUUUGCUGACACAUAAACCACAAUUCCUAUUUGAUGCUGUACUUGUGGGUUCAUCUUCAUAGCUCUGGGUUCUCCAACAUUAUUGUUUAAACAGGCCGUUCAUAAAAUGCACAAUUUUAACUUUCGCCUGGUUUGUUUUUAUUUCUAAUUUUAAAAUUGUGCUCAGUUUGCCAUCCAAAUCAGUAGCUGUGAAAAGAACAAACUUAAGCUUUUAAACAUUUGGUUGGCAACAGACCCUUAUAAGAUGGUUGUGGAGAAUACUGUAACCUGAAUGUUUUAUAUACUUGUAAGAUAUGUAAAGCUGGUAGUUUCUCAUUUCGUCUGUUAAACCAUUAAAAGACAGCAUUGUUACCUGUUAAACUGUUUGUUAUAACUGGCGGCGGUUAUGUGGUGAGGUCGUGUUGUAUAAAAAAGUUGUAAAAAAUUCGCCCGAAGUUGUCACGUGCUGCAUCCUAAUAGCUUUGUUUGCAGUAAAUUAUAAAAUGAUUGAUAUAGUACUGGUAUUCAUGUAUAAGACGUGGCCUAUAUGGUUAAAAUUAUAAACUUGCUCAGUUGGAAAUUUUAGAUAUGCUUCAUGUAAUCAACAUACUAACCUUUUUUUUCGUGUAUGCAUACAAAUCUUUCUCUUAAAGUUUGCAUGGCAUGUUGUGCACACAAAACUUAAAUUGGUCCUUCCCAGUUUUUGUAUUCAGGUAUUUGGCUCACCAAGACCUGUUACCACUAGCAGUGGAAAAACUGGAGACGAUCACUUUAAGAGGAACUUGUGUAAACUUAAGGUGGAGAUAAUUUGAGAACAUGUUAUUGUAUAGGAAUAUAACCGAGGAUAGCGCCAGCCUAGGACACUUACUCCUUAUCUCAUAGCCUAUGAUGUUAUAUAUUUAUGUGACUCGUAUUUAUCCUGCGUUAGAAAGCUAUUCCGAUGCAGUGGGUGACAAUGCGGAUAUCAUGUGAUCAGUCAAAUAAGCCUUUCAAUCGAAAAACUGGUUUCAGUUGGAAUUUGCCAGUUUUACUGUAUGUUUAUGUGCGGUGUACUGUAUGUUUAUGUGCGGUGUACUGUAUGUUUAUGUGCGGUGUAUUACAAAGGAUGUACAAUCAUUUUUGGCAAAUUGUAAUUGGACAGUCCCUGGAAAUGAUAAACCUUGAUACCAAAGCCUGGAGUUGGAAUUGAAUAUCCUAGUAAAAUCUCAGAUUGUGUUUUAAAUAAACCACUAGUUGAUAACUUGACUGCCGAAAUACAAAUCCUCUCAAACUUUAGACAGAAACUUUCAUAAACUGCCGUGAUGAUCUCUAUUAUUAGUUUGCGUUUAAAUCUCUCGUUUUGCUUUGUUUAUUUUUAAGGGAUAGAUGUUGAGCCAGAUUAUGUUUUCAUUUGAAGAAAUUUGAAAGCAAAUUUAAAACUAAGAGUAUCAUUUAAAAACGUGUUUUCGGAGGAAUAUUUGUAAAACAGAAUGUAAUACAAAACGACUGUAUUCCGUACCAGCAAGACUGGAACAGUUAUUGUCAAAAUGUUGAAUUUGUGAGAAAUCUUAUUGUGCUUCUAUGAAAUGUCUAUUUGUUUAUUCUUAUGUAGUGAUCUCUAUCUCUCUUAUAGCAUUGCAUUUAUAUUCUUGUGCAGAAGUAUUCGUCUUGAAUUGUAUAUCUGUGAAAAAUUACCCCAUGUUCUGUUCUGGAAGCUUCUAAAAUAUCAUCUCCAUGGGUAACUUAGUGUUGCCGUGGAAACUGCUGAUAAUCUACUUAAAUUUUUGGAAGUGUUGCCAUAGCUACCGAUAUCAGAAAGUAUAAAGUAUACUUGGAAUAUCUGAACAUUAUAUAUUGUAAGACAUAUAGCAUGUACAGAUGAUUCUCAUUUAUUUGACAGGAAACGUGUCUUAUCUCGCUAGUUUUGUAGCCUCAAUAUUAGGCGUUCCCAAACUAUGGCACUUAUAGUCGUCUCAUCAUUUUAGCUUAGCAUGUCCUUAAGUUUUAUACUCUAUUCUUGCAUUUAUGGAUUAAGUAAUCUUGAUUAUUUUGUUUGAUCAAGAAUUUGAUUUUGAAUCAUUUGGGUUUGAUCUCUUCACUAUGGCAGUGGUGGUCGGUGGAUUGGGGUGUAUGAAAUGUUACCUGUCAAAAUAUUGCAGUGAUUUGCAAAUUCUUGACAUUGGAAUUGACUUGCGCGAUUAUUGACGGGAGCAGUUUAGGAGGUUAAAAUCUCUCCAAAACAUUGACCAUUGGUAAAGUGGAACAUUUUGAAAGUUUUGUUCAUGAUUUUAUAGUCCCCGAAACUUUGUCAAUAUUCAUAAUGACUUUCCUUGAUAUCUUACUUUCUCAUAGCAGUUAAAACUUUCCCUUUUCUAAUUAAAUUGAAUCAUGUAAAAUGGGACGGUUUAUUGAAGCAAAGAAAUAUCAUAACUGAUCACUGAUAUGGAUAUUAACAGAAUCAUGCAUUAAAUACUGUAAUUAUGUAAAUUAGAAUAAAACACUACAUUUCUAGACGUAAA